AUGGCAAGCAAAGGAUCGGUUUUCUUGAUUGGCCCUGGCUUCAUUGGGCUCGAAAUUCUAGGGAAGCUUCUCCAUGAAGGAUACCAGGUUACGACACUCGUACGCCGAGAGGAAGCAAGGGCAAGCAUCGAGAAGCUUGGAUCCAGGACAAUACUUGGAACACUCGAUGAUGGUAACCUCAUACGUGAUAACGCUGCGGCUGCUGAUAUCACGAUACACGCGGCGACCGCUGACCACCAACCAUCAGUUGAUUCUGUCCUCAACGGAAUCGCAGAUCGCGCCAAGAGCGGAAAGAGUUCAAUCUACAUCCAUACCAGCGGGUGCAGUGAAAUCACUGACAAUUCCAACGGCGAAUAUGUCUGCGACAAGAUAUAUACUGAUGACACACCGAAAGAUAUUGAUGGCGUGGCUGACAACGCUCCGCAUCGAUCCAUCGACCUGGCAAUCCUCAAACGCCGCAAGGAACUUGGAGCCAAGGCGAAGAUCUCGAUUGUGUUUCCACCCUUAAUCUACGGCCUCGGUCAGCAAGGACGCCUUUCGAUUCAGCUCCCAACCAUGGCGCGCUUCGCGAUCAAGCACGGCUACGCAGGCUACGUCGGCAAAGGAAAGGCACUCUGGAGUCAUAUUCACGUAUCUGAUUUGGCACGGGGAUACAUGACCAUCCUACACUAUAUGGAAUCCACAGCCGGAGUGGAGGUUUUGCAGAAUCCAUAUUUCUUCAUCGAGAACGGAGAGGAAUAUUCAUGGGAGAGAUGUGCUGCGGAAAUUGGGAAGGCACUCUAUAAGGCAGGCAAAAUACAGGAUCCAAAACCCAAGGAGAUCACCCCGGAUCUGUAUAGCUAUAUCUUUGGGGAUUGGUCCAUUCCAGUCGUUGGUCAAAAUGCAAGAUGCCGCGCCAACAGGCUGCGUGCUCUCGGCUGGAAACCCUCAGCGAAGAAGACUUUCGAUUCUUUGGUGGAGGAUGAGUUAUCUAUCUUACUGGCUGAGAAGACUGACUUCGCGGGUUAUGCGGCUCCAGUAGCAUCUUAA